AUGCCUCAGGGUCACAAAAGUAAGCUUCGAGCUCGUGAAAAACACUGUCAGGCUCCAAAAGAGCCCAGUGAUCCGGUGGGUGCUCAGGCCACUGUACCAGAGGAAGAAGAGUCCUCUUCUCCCCCAUCGCCUCUUUGCAAAGAUGCUCCCAAGAGUUCACCUGCCACUGGAAUAUCCAGCAAUCCUCAAGGGCCUGGGAGUGUCCACAGCACCACCACUACUGCUGCAGCUGCUUCAAACACAGGAUCUAGAGAAGGUGCAAAGAAGCAAGUGGAAGAAAAGCCAUGUGCCUCCCAGGCUCAGAAUUUUUUUGAGCUGUGGAAGAGAGACCCUCUACACCAGAAGGUCUUUAUGUUGGUGUACUACCUGGUGCGCAAGUAUCAAAUGAAAGAGCCCAUUACCAAAGCAGAUAUGGUGAAAAAUGUGAUCCAAAAGUACAAGAAUCACUUAAGUGAGAUCCUGAAGAAAGCUUCUGUGCACCUGGAGCUGAUUUUUGGCCUCAACAUGAAGGAACUGGAUCCCAACAGGGGCACCUAGGUCCUCAUGAACAAACUGGAAGCAAGCUAUGACGGGAUGCAGAGUGAAGACAGUAUGCCCAAGACAGGCCUACUGAUGGUUAUCCUGGGUGUGAUCUUCAUGAACGGCAACUGUGCCACUGAGGAGCAAGUGCGGGAGGUGGAAUCAGUUAUAAUAAAUAAGACUUCUUGCACCCUGUCUCAUUUAUUUCACAAACAUUCCUUGACUACUCUCUGGGAGUAUCUGUGCUGGUACUGGGAAUGUCAGGAUAAACCAGACCCACCGUGCCCAUAA